UCAUUAGCAAUUAUUUAUCUACACCCAGCGAAAGAGAUUCUCAUAUAUUUAAACGGUCGAGAUAUCGUAAAGUUUUAUUUAAAAGAAAUUAUUUUGAUCAAACCAAAGUCAUUUAUAUAAAUAUCAUUUAUGUUUUCGUUGUUACAAGGAAAAUUCCACGUGAACUGUUUGUCACGCAUGUCAUGCACCGUGAAGUUGGCCGCAUUACAGCGUCAUUGGUGCAUCGUUGGAGGAUCCUCCCACCACAUGUUUCCCUUUCAUAAUCGCGUUCCUCUGCGCGAUGUACGUUUAACACCGAAUUAAUCAAAAUCGCAUAUAAAUUACUUAUCAAAUUUCCAAUGAGCACAUUAUAUCAGCGUACGUGUUUUCCCGUUUAUCGCGAUUCACUGAUGCGCAGGAAUGUCCAUAGAUUGAAUUUGUCUGCGUUCGAAAUUUGGAUCAUGGUUACGUCAUGCUUCAAACUUCGGAACACGUGGAUUCACCUUUCUCCUUUGUGAAGGAGGAUAUUUUACGAGGUGCGUGGAAGGGAUUUCUCGCGGCUGAACUUUCUGGCUCCUUCAUCUCUGCCCUCCCCUUCCUCUUUUCUCUUCACACUCCCGCUUCGUUUUGAGCGCAGAAAAUGCAACGCGCAGUUCAAGUGAGCAAAGCAGGCCUCAUGACAUCGGUUUUUUUCCUUUUAUUCUCCCACGACUCCCACACUUCACACACGCGUGCAUCGUGGAUAUAUGCGUGUUUGCCUCGAUUGAACCAUUGAACGUAGGAGGAGUAGUGCGCAAUUAAGGAACCCGUUUUGCGAGUCGAGCCCACAGUCGAGCCUCCCCCUCACUUUUCGGCGACUCCGGCUUGCUCCAGCUCUCUCGUCUCUCACGUGAAGUGACGUGAAGUGAGCCGCGUAGGGAGGCACUCGCGCGCCUCGCGCGGCCAUGCGAUUCGUUCCCGGGUUACAAAGUGAUACACCGGCGAGCGGAACGCACGGAAUCGGGCCCCUGAGAUACCACGAUCAACCACGAUCGCGUGUGGUGCUAGCUUGUAGCGCGAUGGCUGACGAAACAACGAGGGAUACCUUGCUGUGCCGCGUAAAAGAGCAAGGCGAGAUAGUGCGACGACUGAAAGCCGCGAAGGCUGAUAACACGCAGGAAUACAGAGAGCAGUCUGAUAUAAAUGUUGAGCUAGAAAGCCUAAACGAUGAUCUUGCGGACGUCAGCUAUGUGUGCGGUUGGUACCCAACGUCCAAGGACGCCGAAUUGUUCGACACGUUGCAUGUCGUUCUUGACGACGAACUUGCGAAAUGGCCGCAUCUGAGCAGGUGGCACGUUAACAUGAAAAGCUUUACUCAGGAGGAGCGCUUGGCGUUUUCCUCCACGGGAACACCAUCGCUUGUUUUCCUUGCAGAAAAACUCGAGCGGCUGAAGGGCUAUGCUCGCUAUAUUAGCAAAAAUACGCUAGACAAAAAGUUUGAUAAAUCAACAUUGAGGAGGGUUUUCUCUUUCAUUCUGGUUGCCUUAUAAUUCCCUCGUCCAUUCACGAUGUUACGCCUGAUGCGCAAUAAUUCUUUGCCCGUCGUGUGGAAACGCAUUCGCAACGUACCGAUGUCUACGACGCCACAGAUAGCAGAGGAAGUCGCCAAGUUGCUGGAGCUGAAGGCACAAUUGGGGGAGGAGAAUGGUUGUCCUCAUAAACUCAUCCUCAAAACGCCAAAAGGCACGAGGGAUUAUAAUCCAGAGCAAAUGGCACUGCGAUUGGGAGUGUUGGAGAAAAUAAUAUCAGUAUUCAAGCGUCACGGCGCCGAGACGAUAGAUACGCCUGUAUUUGAGCUAAAAGAUGUCUUAACUGGUAAAUAUGGUGAAGACUCGAAGCUUAUUUAUGAUCUAAAAGACCAAGGUGGUGAGAUUCUCGCACUUAGAUAUGAUUUGACAGUUCCUUUCGCGAGGUAUCUGGCCAUGAACAAAAUUUCUUCCAUCAAGAGAUAUCACAUUGCCAAGGUUUAUCGAAGAGAUAACCCAGCUACAACGAAAGGCAGAUAUAGAGAAUUUUAUCAAUGUGAUUUCGACAUUGCUGGUCAGUACGAUCCGAUGCUACCAGAUGUAGAAUGCAUCAAGGUUGUAUGCGAAGCGUUAGAAGCUCUGAAUCUGGGAUCAUACUUAAUUAAGGUGAAUCAUAGGUCUCUGCUGGAUGGCAUAUUCGCUGCAUGCGGCGUACCACAGAGUAAAUUCCGCAGUAUCUGUUCCGCCGUGGAUAAGCUGGACAAAAGUCCGUGGGAAGAAGUAAAGAAGGAGAUGAUAGACGAAAAGGGAUUGGAUGAUCAUAUUGCUGAUAAAGUCGGCAAGUACGUCUUGCAAUCCGGUGGAGUGGAACUAAUAGCAGAGUUGAGAAAAGACAAAGAGCUGAUGAAACAGACUGUUGCCGUACAAGGUUUAGACUCCAUAGAACUGUUGCUGAAGUACUGUGGCAUCUACAAAAUUCUUGACAAAAUUAAGUUUGAUUUGAGUCUCGCAAGAGGACUCGAUUACUACACAGGUGUUAUUUACGAAGCUAUAUUGUGUGGAGACAAUAUCGGUGUUGGUAGCGUGGCAGGCGGCGGCCGUUAUGAUAAUUUAGUAGGAAUGUUCGACAGCAAGAACAAAAUGGUACCCUGUGUCGGCGUGUCAUUGGGUGUAGAGCGAAUAUUCAGUGUUAUGGAGGCAAAACUGGCGAAUAAAGGCCUAAAAACGCGCGCUGCUGAGAUCGAAGUGUUCGUGGCGAGCGCGCAGAAAAAUCUGCAUGAGGAGAGAAUGAAGAUACUGGCGGAUCUGUGGGAGGCAGGCGUGAAAGCGGAACAAUCCUACAAGAAAAAUGCCAAACUCUUGGCACAGUUGCAACACUGCGAGGAAAAUGGCAUUCCGUUGGCGAUAAUCGUCGGCGAAGGCGAGCUGGCGCAGGGUGAAGUUACACUGAGAGUCGUCUCGACGCGGGAGCAGACUCGUGUGCCACGUAGCAAUCUCAUUGAGGAAAUACGAAGGCAGCUAAAAACGUCGUAGCACCACUUCUUGUAUAAGUUUCUUUUGCUGUCGGAGAUUUACAUCAGUACAAGAAACUCUUUAUAUUGCAUUUAGUACCAUUUCGAUUCGCGCUGGGGAGAGAGAAAAGUUUAUUUAUUUUUUUCUUUAUGAAUUUAUUUGUAUGUACUUCGUACAACAUACUAAACGAAAUGACCGUGAAAAACUUUUUGUCACCGAUAGAUGCUAAUUAAAGUUGUACAAUAAGUGAAUGCACGAGGAAGUGUAACGAUGCCCUACAUUUACCAAGUGCAACAUAGACAAUUUCCACGUGGAAUCCUUUAUAUAUAACUAAAUUUCUCCGGAUGAAAUCUGGUAUUUUAGCAGAUUAAUUUAACUGGUAAUAAUUCAUAGCUUCAAGCUACCACUCGAGAAACCAAAUACAUCUUUAUAAUUUAUUCUGCAAAAGAAUUUAACAAUAAAAUAUUAUAUAAAUUUC